AUGAAUAAGGAUGAAAGCAUAACGGACAAUCGUCCAGCAUCACAAGAGUUGCACAGUCCGGCGCGUCAUUGCUACACGCCGCCGCCGCCAGCGAGUGCAGCGCCGCCGUCGUCGCUGCCGCCAGCAUCCGCUGCAGUCACGCUGACCACACCAAGUCGCCUGCUCAGCUGGAAUCAUAGCGCAGCUGCUGCUGCUGCCGCCGCCGCUGCGGCAGCUGUUGCCAACUCCAAUCACAAUCAUCAGCCUGGCGAUCAGUCCAACUUGCCGCGCCUGAAGAAUCAGAAUCUGGGACUCAUCUGUGUCGUCUGUGGCGACACCAGCUCCGGCAAGCACUACGGCAUCCUCGCCUGCAACGGCUGCUCCGGUUUCUUCAAGCGCAGCGUGCGGCGCAAGCUCAUCUAUCGCUGUCAAGCGGGCACUGGACGCUGCGUGGUGGACAAAGCGCAUCGGAAUCAAUGCCAGGCCUGCAGGCUCAAGAAGUGCCUUCAAAUGGGUAUGAAUAAAGAUGCGGUGCAAAAUGAGCGACAACCACGCAACACGGCCACUAUACGGCCGGAGACGCUGCGGGAGAUGGAACACGGUCGAGCGUUGCGCGAAGCGGCCGUAGCCGUUGGUGUUUUUGGACCGCCCGUGCUACUCUCACCGCCCUGCUACGGCUCCGGACUGUUGCCACCGCCCUCGCUGGGCAGUCUGCCAACGGGACGUCUGCUGCAUCACAAUCAUCUCAGCUCAUCCAUGCAGCUCGCUCAGAAUCACAUGAACCACGCCAGCAGCUUUCCCAUGUUCAGUGCCGCGGGUUUGCAUCACUCGCCCAAGGAUAAGUCCGGCUAUGGUGUGGCCAUGGAGCUUUCCAGCAGCGGCAACAUCUCGCACUCCACCAACUCGAGCAGCAAUCACUCCAUAGAUCCUAGUUCGCCAGCGCCAGAUGCUGCCAAUGACAAAAAUAAUGCCGGCGGCAGCGUUUCUUCCAUUAGCUCUUCCAGUCCCACGCCAGAGAAUGACAAUGAUGACGACUCCAUUGAUGUGACCAACGAUGAGGAGCCACAUACUGGCAGCAGAUCCGAUUCCAGCUUCAUUAUGCCGCAGUUCAUGUCGCCCAAUCUCUAUGCGCAUCAACACGAAACUGUCUAUGAGACAAGCGCACGUCUGCUCUUCAUGGCUGUCAAAUGGGCUAAGAACUUGCCCAGCUUUGCGCGUCUUUCGUUUCGUGAUCAGGUCAUACUGCUGGAGGAGUCCUGGUCGGAAUUAUUUCUACUCAAUGCCAUACAAUGGUGCAUACCACUGGAUCCUACGGGCUGUGCUCUGUUCUCUGUUGCUGAGCACUGCAACAACUUGGAGAAUAAUGCCAAUGGCGAUAAUUGUGUUACCAAAGAGGAGCUGGCGACGGAUGUGCGCACACUCCACGAAAUCUUUUGCAAGUACAAAGCGGUGCUGGUGGAUCCCGCCGAGUUUGCUUGCCUCAAGGCCAUUGUGCUCUUUCGACCCGAAACGCGCGGGCUUAAGGAUCCAGCGCAAAUCGAGAAUCUGCAGGAUCAGGCUCAUGUAAUGCUAUCCCAACAUACAAAAACACAAUUCACCGCACAAAUUGCCAGAUUUGGGCGAUUGCUGUUGAUGUUGCCGCUGCUGCGCAUGAUAAACUCCCAUAAGAUUGAAUCGAUCUUCUUUCAGCGCACCAUUGGCAAUACGCCCAUGGAGAAGGUGCUUUGCGACAUGUAUAAGAAUUAG